AUGGCGCCUAACAACAAGAAACACGCUCGCGCGGCCUUGGAGAAGGAGGCUAAUCAACGGUUCGAGGAGAUCUUGUUUGCGCUCAUAGACAAGCGUGGCCUCCCGGCCGCACUCCUCGUGUUCACUACUGCGGCCAUCCAGCAUGAACAGCGCCAGUCCACACGACAGACCACAACAGAGGCACCCAGCACGGUCGCGUCGGGCAUCCAAGGCCAGCCCGAUUCCUACACCAGCCCGCCCUCGACUUCGGGUGUCUCGCUGGCUCCCGAGCACCCUCCGCACGACAUCUUGCUUGGCAUCCCACAGCAUGGAAUGCUGCCACUGAGCAUUCCGCAGCAAUACCUUGGCGGUGCACAGUCCGUUCCGCCGCCUCCUCAGGGUGCGCCUGCGGCCAACUUUGGUAGCAAUCAAUAUGAGGAGGGCGCCAAUAUUUUGGGUGCGGGUCAGCAGACCGCCCACGACACCGACGGCGGCACAGCCGGCGCCCAAAUCGCAGGCCAGUUUCCCACCACGGCUGCGGAUGAGGACUAG